GACGGGCGCGCGGAACAUUAGACGAUCGAGAGAAUCGCAACGCGUGGGUAGACAAGGCGAGUGCAGUGUGCAGUGCGUGGUCUUGUGUAGCUGAAAGCUCGACCGCCGCGAAGCCUCCGUCGGCAGCUCGAGCGAGCGGCGGGAUCGCGAGCCCGCCUCGCGUCAGUGCCGGCCCGGCCGCGCCGCAAACACCACGCUCCGGUGACCUCUGCUCUUCCUCGCUGGACAGUGAAAAUAACACCGGCGUCUGCCGACACACAGUGCACUAUCGUUAUUUAUUUUAAUACAAAAGAGACGGGCGGCAGCAGAUGGAUCGGCGGCGCGCGGCAGGAGCGCUGCUCGCGCUAGCCGUGUGCGUUGCGAGCUCAGAUGCAGCUCCGACAGCGAGCAACCAGACGGCACUAGACCUUUAUGAUGGUGCAGCAGAAGGCUGUUACUACAAUUUUCAACACUAUGGCGAAGGAGAUCGGAUAAUGACCAACGAACCAUGCCUGAACUGCACGUGUCACAACCGAAUGCUCAUGUGCUACUUAAGGGUGUGUCCCUUUACCAAGCCCAUAGGUCAAGACUGCACUGUUGAAAAGAGGGCAGACCAGUGCUGCCCCAUUGUUACCUGUCCAGAUGUUCCAGUCGAUCUACUGACAUCGACAUCGACAACAUCACCAGCCGAGUACGGCGGUACUGGCGUGGGCAAGCUCGAUAAGUACGGCUGCAGUAUAAACGGAAAAUAUUUCCCAGAGGGCUCAAAGGUGCCCCCGACCCCGAACAAACCCUGCGAACAUUGCUACUGCAUUCGAAAUAUGACGACUUGUGUUAUGCAAGAAUGUACGCUGCACGUAGAUGGAUGCACUCCUAUCUACCACAAAGACGUAUGCUGCCCUGUCCGCUACUCAUGCGAUCACCCCGAGGAUGAAAUGUUACUUCUAGAUGACAUGACUACUACUGUCAGACCAACGCCUGGUUUCUUACUCACGACUACGACACUAUCUCCCGUUACACAAAUGUCUCAAGAUUGCGUUCACGAAGACAAAAUUGUUCCCGAUGGAGCUUUGAUAAAAACGGAUAAGGCAUGUGAACAUUGUUACUGCAUGAAAGGUGAUAUAGUGUGUGUUGUACAAGAAUGUGGCACACCAAUGGAAAAUGAGGGUAAAAACUGUACAUCUCAGCCACCAAGGGAAGGUCAAUGCUGUCCAGAUACGUACAUUUGUGAAGGUGAUGAAAUUGCUACCGAAAUGCCGUCAGAAUUUACUACUGAACCUUUUGUAACAGAUGAAAUAACUACUUUAUCACCACCUAGAAGGGUGGGAGUUGAAGGAAGUGGAUAUAGAAAAGAAACAGAGGAAUCUUAUACUGAAAUACCACUGUUUGAAACAGAUACUGAAGGAAGCGGAUAUGAUCACGAAACACCUCAUCAUGAAACACCUCAUCAAGAAACCCCUGAUCACGAAACUCCUGAUACCGAAACUCACGUGACAUCUGAAGUAAUAAGUGAAACCACAGAAGACCUCUUUUACAUUGCUAGUAGCACACAAAAAACUCCCACGUUGGAGGAAAUCGAAAAAACAACAGAGCCCGACAAAGGACUUAAUACAGUGCCAAGUGGCUUAUUCGAUGAAGAGACUUCAGAAGCACCUCAUAAAACCACUAUAUCAGAGGGAAUGAAAAUAACUGAAGAACCAAUCGUUACCGGUGAAGAUGCAUCUAAAGACAAAACUAUGAUUCCCGAAUUACCAACUACUCCAGAAAUUACAAAUAAAGAAGAGGUGAUACCAACUUCAACAGAAUCAGCAUAUAGAAAAGAGGAUGAAAUAAAUGAAGUUACUGAUCAUUAUGAACACAUUGAUCAUGAAAAAUUAAGUACACCACCUGCCCAAACGGUGGAACAAACCACAACUUUAAUUAAAUAUACUACUUUAGAAGCAGAAUCUCCAAUUGAUGAAAACAAAGUUGAUUUAACAACAGAGAUAAUGCCCACGGCUGAUUAUAAGCCAACCGAAGAUAAAGAAACUACACAACCAGAUACUGAAAUAGGCACAUCUGAUAGCUUGAUUAAAACACCAGGCGAGAUAAGCACUGAUGAUACCUCUUUACCUAAUGAAGUAACAACUCGUGCAUCAUUAGAUGCGUCGAUUUCAGAAGAAGUCACAAAAGCAGAUGUUAUCGAUGAUGUCACGAAACAAAAGGAUGUAUCUACCGAAUCAUUAAUGGAAUCUUCCACAUCUUCGAGCAAGAUUGACGAUACCAUUAAAGAAGAAGAAGUAUCUACUAAAUCGAUGUUUGAUCAAGAAGAUGAUACUAUGAAAGAAGAAGUAACCACUCAAUCGUUUGUAGACGUCUCUACUCCUGUAGACGCAGUCAAAGCAACAAGCGUAGUAAGUCACGAUGUGACAGUGAAAUACUCGGAAAUUACUACAGAAUCAUUAUUAGAAGUAUCGACUGCAUCAGAGUUCACUAAAUCUUCAGAUGAUCUUGAGAAACCAAUUGAAGAAAAAGAACACAUUACCGAAUCCCCCAUAGAACCUGUGACAUCAACCCAAGGUAAAGAAGCAACUACAGAAUCAUUAUUAGAAGUAUCGACUGCAUCAGAGUUCACUAAAUCUUCAGAUGCUGAAAAACCAAUUGAAGAAAAAGAACUAAUUACUAAAUCCCCCGUAGAACCUGUGACAUCAACCCAAGGUAAAGAAGUAACUACGGAAUCAUUAUUAGAAGUGUCGACUGCAUCAGAGUUCAUUAAAUCUUCAGAUGAUGCUGAAAAACCAAUCGAAGAAAUCGAACACAUUACAAAAUCCUCCGUAGAACCUGUGACAUCAACACAAGGUAAAGAAGAAACUACAGAAUCGUUAUUAGAAGUAUCUACUGCAUCAGAGUUUAUUAAAUCUUCUGUAGAUGCUGAAAAACCAAUUGAAGAAAAAGAACAAAUUACCAAAUCACCCGAAGAAUCUGUUACAUCAACACAAGGUAAAGAAGAAACUACAGAAUCAUUAUUAGAACAUUCUACUUACGCUGCCACUACUAAACAUCCAGAAGAAAUAAGCUUUGAUCAAGAUAAAACUGAUGAUAAGGAAGCAACAACUGAAUCAUUAUUAGAAACUUCUCCAUUCAUUAAGGUCCCUACACCUUCAGAAACAUUAGCAAGUACUGUGACAGAAAAAUCUGACGAUAUACUACCUACGACGGAUAAGGCAAGCCUCCCAGAAACGACAAUCAUAGACAAUCAAGAAAACGAAGUAGAAGGAUAUGCUAGGAUUCCAGGAGAAGGUGACUGCUUACUAAAUGGCAUCACAUAUAGAAAUAACAGUGAAGUGCCAAGUACUAACAAUUGCCACACCAGCUGUAAAUGUGUAAGUAGUAUUGUGAAGUGUGAUCCAAUAAUAUGUAGUCCUCCACCAGAAUACAUGGAUAAUUGUCAACCAACUUACGAUUCGCCAGAUUCUUGUUGCCCGACAUAUAUAUGUCAUACAGGCGAAACUAUGCCACCCCAACCCGACAGUCAUAUGUCUGGUACUGAAAAACCAGUUCCACCUUCUACGUCUGAAUGCCACGGUGAUCAGUGUAUUAUAAAGCAAGAUGAGGAAUCUCCUGCACCAAGUGAAAAGCCUGUAGUGAGUGAUUGUGGGUCUACUAGUUGUGGUGAUGAAGUUCUAACACAUCCACAUAUUCCACCUACUGAUAAAAUAUCAAGUGAUUGUGAUGGCCAAGAAUGCUUGCCACCUAAAGAAUCUUGUGAUGGUGAAACUUGCCAGGCAGCUACACCUGAGAAACCAUGUGUAGGUGAUAACUGCGAUAUUGAAGCAGUCAUUGUACCAGUUAAAGAUAUACCACUAUGUCAAAAUAAAGAGGACUGUCAGCCUCAAGUUAUACCCUGUGAAGGUGAUGCAUGUAAGCCUGCUGAGUGCAGUGGUCCUGAUUGCAGUCCAAUUGCUAUUCCAAUACCAACGGAAAAGGAUCAAAAGCCAGAACUUUGUGAUGAUAGCAGCGAUUGCCAAAAACAGGAAGAUGAAGCUAAACUUCCUUGUUCAGAUGAAUCUUGCAGAAGGAAAGAAACCGGAGAAGAGCUUGAAAAUGUCUUGCCAAUUGAUUGCACGGGCUCUGAAUGUGAAAAACAAAAACCAGAAGUAAGCGCUGAAAAGGUUGAACAUCACACAGAUUUGCCAGAAUUAUUGACUACUCCAGAAAAGUCUUCUUCUGAAUCUGCUCAACAAACUGACAAAUCACCAGUCGAUAUUCAAACAGAGAUAACAACUGAAUAUAAAUUACCUGAAACCAUAACAGAUAAAAUGAUAACAACACAGGAAACAUCGUCAAAAUCUCCUCAAGAAAAAGAGGAGAUACCAAUUGAAGUCACUACAGAAAAUGAAUUACCAGAAACAAUGACAGAUAUGAUUCUAACGCAAGCGGAAACAUCCUCAGAGUCUCCUCAACAAACAAAGGAAACACCUGUUGAUAUUCCUAUAAAAACAUCAAUUGAAGAUGUUUCCACACCCACGGAAACAACAACAGAAAUAUUAAUUAUACGAGAAGAAACAUCAUCAGAGUCUACACUUCAUACAGAUGAAUUGCCAAUUGACAAAGACAAAGAAGCACCAUCUUCUGAAACUGUUUCCACGACGAUUAAGCCGAGUGCAGAACAUAGCACGUCUAAACCAGACUUUGAUGAACCGCUGAGUGAAAGUAGUACACCGGAAAUAUCAGAAUCAGCAGAAACAACAGUAAAACCAUAUCUAUCAACAGAAUUCGAAGAGUUGUUAACAAAUACUGAUUCAACAUCUCAAUUUGAGCAUGCUACAAGUUCAUCACAUCCCAGUGUAACUCAACCUGUGUCAGAAGAAAAAAUAACACAAAGUGGUGAAGUAACAGAAAUGUCAAAACCAACAACGAUUACAUCAGAAGAUUAUGAUCAAACGAGUAGAGUACCCGAAAAGCAGCCUUCAAUAAAACCAUCUGAACAGGCUGCUACAGAAGGUGAAAAAUCUGAGACAGAUGAAGUAUUUGCUAGUCAACAUCCUGAAAUCUUUGAAAGUUCUACUGAACCACUACAAACUUCAGUUACUGAAUCACAUGAAGCGCAUACUACUUCAAGCUUAGAUGGUAUAUCUGAAAUACCCAAAGAAACAAUUCCUACAGUAUCCGAGAAUAUUACAAAACUACCUCAUUCUGAAACAGAAAUAGUUAAAGAAAGCACAGAAUCACCAGAACAGAUCACACCUGAAUCACAAGAUAGCACCAAAUCAACAAUUUCUAAUCUUGAUGAAACCGAGCAUGAAGGAUACACUAAAUCGCCAGAAGAAGAAAAAGAAACUGUGACUUUGAAAGCACAAUCGCCGCAACAAACAGAUGAAAGUACUACCAAGAAACAAGUUACACCUGUGGAAGCUAUUGAAGGAAGUACACUUUCACCAGAAACUGUUACUGAUUCGUACAAACCGAUUGAUAAAUCAACUGGUUCCUUGCCAUAUGAUGAGGCAGAUGUAACAACAUCAACCUCCCCGCGUGAUGUUUAUUCCGAAACAACUGAAUCAUAUGAAGUGACCAAGAAACUUACUACCUUACCAGAGGUACCAAUGAUAACAGAAUCUGAACGUGAUAUUGUGACUACUGAAGCAACAAAACAAGAGGACGAAGAAAGUGCUUCAGAAUCACAUUCGACUAAGCCUGAAGAGAGAAAAACAGAAGCACCAAUCAGUAAGAUACCAUCACUGCCUGAAGAUAAGACUGACACAACAUUUGUAGAUUAUAGUCCUACUUUGGGACCUGAGACAUUAGUAACAGAAAAGGAAAAGGAGUCUUCAGAAAUCCCUGUCACAAUACCAUACGAAGAAACAACACCAAUAAAAGAAUUAACUACUGAAAAAGAGGAGGAUACAGAAAUAAAAACAGAUUCUCCUGCAACUGAUAAACCUAUCAAAGAGACAACUAAAGAAGAUAUGCAUAUACCCACAGAAUCACCAUUAACGAACCAGGAUACCGAAUAUCCUGCAACACCUGCAUCGGAAACAUAUGAAGAAAUGUCGAGCACAACACUUAGCAUAUCAAUCGAUAGUGAAAGUAUAUCUACAAAAUCACCGGAUGUUACUAAUGUUCCUUCAGAUAUUGGUGAUACAACUGAAAUAGUCGAAGAUAAAACUACCCAAAAGGUAGUGGAAAGUGAAGUUACAAAGAAACCAUGGCCUUCCGAUGAUAAAAUAGAAACCCAAGAACCGCUUUCCGAGGUAACAGAAUCUGUUACAGAUAGAUCUCAUACAGAAUCUACGAAGUUACAAAGUACUGAAGGUGUUGAAGAGCACACUGAAACUAAGGAACCCUCACAUGUUACAGAAAAAAAUACAGUAGAAGAAACUCCAGAAGUUACUGAUAUUAAGGAUACAACUGCUAAACAACCUGCAGAGUCACCAAUACCUACUGCCUCAAUAAUCACAGAAGAUAUUGCUACUGAAGUUUAUCAAACUACGAUAGUGGAUCAUGACAAAGAAAAAGUUCCAGGACAAAUAGAGGAAAAAGAAGAAAUAACAACGACAUCGUCCGCGCAAUCACAUACAGAACCACAACAUUCGGAAACCGAACUUCCUAGCACUGGUUUAGUAACAUCAUUACCAGAAAUACCUCAGCAAGGCACUCAGACGACUGAGGUACCUCAACAUCUAGUUACGGAAGCCGAGACCAUCAUAGGUGAUGGUCUCGGUGAAUCACCUUCUACAGAUGAUGAUACUAUUUAUGCAUCUACGCAAGUUCCAGACGAAUUUGUGUCUGAGAAAGAAACAGAAUUACCUGAUACACUCUUCACUACUAAAAAGUCUGACAUUUCUGAUUUAACAACGAAAACUUUCACAGAAGAACCAGACACCGUAACUGAAAUCCCUGUUAUAAUUACUGAUCAAGAAAAAGAAAGCGAAAUACCAAUCAUUCCAGAUUUAGGACCAAAAAUCCAUAACCAAACUGAGGAACCGUCUCUGUCUACCAAUGCUCCAACUUCCAUUCCAAGUGUUGAUGAAACAUCCACUCAAUCAAGUGUUGUACUACCCGAAACGAGUACAAAAAUAGCAGAGCCUGCCAUCACAGAAGCCGUUUUACAAUUUACUACAAAUAUUCCUGAAUCACACGUUAAAGACCAGGAACUCGAUUCACAUUUAGAUGUCACUACAUCUUCAGAUAUACAAACUAGCUCGUCACAUGAAGAACCAAGUAAAUCAACUCAUUCAACGAUAUCGGAAUUGCAAACUGAAGAGUUUAUGGAGGUAACCAAAAAACCAGUUACCGAAUCUUAUACCGUUUCUACAGAUUCAAAAUCAGAUAUCACUGAAGCUGUACAAAAAGAGGUUGCAACUGAAAAGCCAUUUGAAUCAACAACAGCUGAGAUUUCAGAUAUAACAUCUGGCUUAUACAAAGAUAAAACAACCGAACAAACUGCUGAAGUAUUUACAAAAGCACCUCAUGAAAUUGUUCCUGAGGAACCGUAUGUAACCGAUAAGUACCCUGAUGACACCAAAGAAGUAUAUACAGAUAAAACACAAGAGCCAUCAAUUACAGAACCCACAAUUCACGAUGAAAAAACGACAGUAAAAUCAGAUGAAUCAGUUACAGAAGAUCUUCAAGAGGUUGUCACCAAGAUAACACCUGAUGAAGGAUUAAAGGAAACACAAUCUACCGUAGAACUAACAACGAAAUCAGUGACUGAAAUCGAAGAUAUCAUAGAACCAGAAAUAAUGGUGACUUCAGCUCCUUAUGAAAAAACAACUGAAGCUUCACAGGAACCCAUUACUGAAGAGCAACCAACUAUUACUGAAAAUGUGUCAGAAAAGAAGGAUUCGAAAUAUGAUAUUACAACCGAGAUACCUGAGGUAAGCACAAUUGCAUAUGAAUCAGUAACAACUGCACAUGUUAUUGAUGAAGAAGUCAGUACACUUGUGCCUGACGUAUCAACUAAACUGCCUGAUCAAGAAAUCGUUAAGACAGAAGUUGAAGAAGCAACAGAACCAAAACACGAAAUCACUGAAACAACACCAUACGUGGUUGAGUUGGAAGAACACACUCACAAAACAGUAGAAGAGUCAUCACUACCACCUGAAGAUAUUGAAAGUGAGUCUAAGCCUACACUAGAAUUGACAACGGAAAAACAUUCUGACAUUGAAGGUCCUUCAGAACAUAAAAAAGAUCAAUAUACUACCAGAUUACCUGAAUAUGAAUCAACGAAAUUAUCCGACUACGAACCAGAAAAAUCUUCAACACCAUCUUACGUACCAACAAAAGAGUUUAUUUCUGAAAUUACCACUCCUUCGUAUGAGGCUCCUGUUGAUAAGCACGAUGAUAUUCCUUCAUCACCCGUACAGCCUUCUUCUGAAACAGAAUCACCACUUUCACAAUCAGCAGGAACAGAAAUGCCACUGAAAACUGAUAAGGUGCCAGACUCAGAUAGAAUACCUGAAGAAGAAAUGCUUCAUGUUACAAGCAAAGCUACAACUACCAAAGUAGAGGAAGAUAUCGCAACUCCAUCACCAGUAUUCAAACCAGAAGAAAAGCCUAUAGACAAAGUGCCAUCAACAUCUGUCCCAGAAACUCCUAAGCCAGGAUUGAACGAAGUAUUACCCACAGAUGAAAUCCCUGAAGAUGAGGGUCAUUUCCCAAGUGGUGGUCCUAGCGGCUACGGUCAGGAGCCUGAUUAUGUAGAAGAAGAUCAAGCUUUCGGCCCCGGAACAUGUCGCUAUGGAGGCAAAGUUUAUGUAUCCGCACAACAAAUACCAAGAGACGAUCCUUGUGAUUUUUGUUUCUGUUUCAGAAGUGAUAUCAUUUGUUUGCAACAGAGCUGCCCACCUCCAAUUCAUGGUUGCCACGAGGAGCCAAUACAAGGAUUUUGCUGCCCAAGAUACGAAUGUCCUGUGGCUAUGGCCACUUCUCUUAAUGUUACUACAACUACGACGACGACAACCACGACUCUGCCACCACAUUUCCUUCCCCACGCCUACAAAGGGGCAGCGCAACGAAGAGGUUGUCAAAUAAAAGGACACACCUACAAAGUCGGAGAAGUUGUACGCGCUUCAUCUGGCCCGUGUUUACAUUGCACGUGUGGAGGAGACGGACAGAUGAAAUGCGACCCAAAGGCGUGUACCCCAGAACCAAUGUUGAGGCAAAUGAUAGCCGCAGCGGUUUCCGCCAAACGACGAAGGUGAAAUACCAUACAGGACCUGUCACAACACUCGAACACGGCAUCACAAGGAUAAGCACCUGUGUGAUACUAAUCAUUUCCAUCUACUCUUCUAUGCACAAGAAUAAUGCUCAAAUUAUCCCGAUGGAAUAGUUUAAGAUUUCGUGUCAUAUGUAGUAAUUGAUAUUAUAAUAUUAUAUUUUACAUAGUGUCGUGGCACAACUCGUAAUGAAUCAAUCAUGACUGUGAUUAAAAUGUAAAAUUUUAAUGAUGAUUUUCUAAAACUGAUUUUAUCAUGCAUUGUUUUAGUCUUCAGAUAAGACUAAUUUAUAUUUGUUUAUGAUUUUUAGCAAAAGUCAGUGCCAAACGAUAGUGGUAAGUUGUAAACGACUAUGCCUUUCGGUAAUAACGUUACAAAUUUCGUUAGAAAUCGUUCAAAAGAUUUAUUAUGACCGAAGCGAAGCUGUCGACUCUCAGUACAUUAAUUAAACAUUAUAAUACAGAAGCUUCCUGGGUCAAUAGAUCGCCGAAAUCUUGACCAUAUUACAUGUAAAAUUAAUUGUUUUACCGAUAAAUACUUUAGUCAAUGUCUUUGUUUUUACACGAUGUUACAAUUAUUAGAUCUAGUAUCGUGUAAAUAUGAAGUAACUUUUAAGAAUCCCUGAUGUUGUAAAUGCCUUACUUAAUUUGUAAUAAUUUAUAUAUUUUAGGUGUAUAGUACUUAAGCCAUGUUUUGAGACCAGUGACUAUUAUAAUUUAGAAAUAAAACGAAUGACGAAGGCCCAUCAUGUUAGUAGAAAAGUGCCGGUCGACGCGAUAGCCUACGCCGCGGUGCCGCCUUGGCCGACUCUUUUCCUUGUUUGACGUCUUAGAGAAAACGACACCAAUUGAUCUUGUUUUCCUUAAUUCGUUUGAUACGUACAAUUAUUUUAAACAGUGAAUAAAUGAAGGAGGUGGCCUCCGUGUUCUUAAUCUUUUUGUAAAGACCAUUUACAAUAUAUUGAAAAUGAUGAAAAAAAUACAUAUUGUAGGAUCUUUUGUAAUUUUUGAUAUUAAAGUGCUGGUAGACUUAAAGUUGUCAAAUCGAAAUAGAUCGAGAUGUGUACGGAAGCUCGACAGGCUUUUGCGGUCGCUUGUAAAUAUUGGAGCACAAACGAGCUGCUGCAUUAAUUCGUACGAAUCUCCGUCUGUAUAUACUGGUUGUAGUUAUAUUUAUUUUUAUUUAUUUAAAGUUGUAGCAAUAGUUUAUAAAAUAAUUGGUUUAAAAUCAAUUGGUUUAAUAAAACAGUUUCCAUAUUAUUGAUGCACACGAUGGUGAAAAAUUGUCUAUGUCAAAUCUAACUUUUAUUUGUUUAAUUAUAUUUUACCGAGUCUAGCUAUAUUCUAGCUGUCUGUGCAAAUGCGUUUAAAAUAAAAUAUUCC